UCGUGUUUAAUCACACAUUUAUAAUUAAUCGAAUAAGAAAACGAGUGCGUUUAAUUUUCACUCAAUACUGUUAAGAGGGUAGCGUCACUAAAUUGUUUCAAGAAAAAAAUAAUUGAAAAAGAAGUAAUUAAAAAAUGUUAUCUGAAGAUGGACGUCUGUCGAUGGGAGAUGAUGUUAGAGACGGCAAGAGAAAAAUAGAAGAAUUUGGAGGUUUAUAUUCCUUAGAUCACACCGCACCAUCGUCAAGAUCUUUGAACGAUUCUACAGGACAAGAGGGUGCAUUUAAGAAGAUCAAAUCCGAGCAAUCUCCCGUUACAGGUUCAAGCCUUGGUACCGGAAGUUCUGCUUCUUCACACAACCCUAGCACGUGUCCAACACCCGCUAGGCGGCGCCACCGGACGACCUUCACCCAAGAACAACUUCAAGAAUUAGAAGCGGCGUUCUCUAAGAGUCACUAUCCUGAUAUAUACUGUAGGGAGGAGCUAGCCAGGAUCACAAAACUAAAUGAAGCUCGGAUACAGGUUUGGUUCCAAAAUCGACGGGCAAAGUAUAGGAAACAAGAAAAACAACUGGCAAAGUCGCUUUCUCCCGUCAUUCCGUCUUGUAACAGCAUGAUGAGGAAUAUAUACCCUUCAAACAAUCGACCGUACGGCACAUAUCCAAGCCCUGGAAGCAUGAACAAUAUGGCUCGCUACCCACAAAUGAACACAUCUUAUUCACCCGUGGCACAGUUCCCAAGUAUGAACACCAUGCAAUCCAACAUGGCAGCUAGCAUGCCAAGACAAAUUCAACAGUUUCCAGGAAUGACGUCAGAUUAUAAUUUGGAAGUCCACGAGGACGACUGGUACAACAAAAGCCUGACAGCAUUGCGCAUGAACAAUUCACAUCCGGGUCUCGGAAAUCCCAUGUUGCAGUACCAAGUGUAAAAGGCGGGAAAAUUCCAGUUUUUUUCAAAAAUGUAAAAAAGGAUUUUGGUGCAAUAGUGCUUAGCGUCACGGAAUAAAAUAUUGGAUCUAAUAUUUACUAAAUUCUUCAGUGUAAGAGUGGUAUGAUUUUAACAGUUGAUAUUUGUGUGAAAAAUAUAGACGCAUAGCUGUAAAGUUUGGUGGAUACCACUUGAAGUUUGUAUAUCAUAAGUCAGAUCAUAUUAAAAUAAAUAUGGAUUGUAAAUUUAUAUCUUAACAGUUUAAAUAUUCAUCAGACUUUAAGAUAUAAAAUGAAGAAUGACUUACAGAAGUUGUAAAAGAAAGACAUUCUUAUCUUUAAAUAAUGUAUAUUUGUCAUUUUAUAUAACUUACUAUUGUAUUUUGUCACAGAAAAUGAUUUGUUUAUUUGAUAUUAAAUGUCUAAAAUAUAUAUACAGACGUCGUAUUUUCUAUCGUAGGAAAUAUAUCUAAACUGUGAGAUUUAGCACUCUUUUUUACAAUACAUGUAUCAAGUAUUUGUCAUUAUACUUAAUGCUAGCACAAAUGGAUCUUAUGAAUGUGAUCAUUCUUUAUUACUUAUUCAAAUUAUUUAUCAAUUCUUUUGUUU